ACAGCUCUCUCCCUCUCUCUCUCUCUCUCUGCUGACUGCUGAUCAGGUAAGUAUCCCCAUCUUUGUAGAUUUUACUCUCUCCUUCUCUCUGAUCUAAGUAUCCCCAUCUUUGGCUAGAUUUUACUCUCUCUCUCUCUGCUGAUCAGGUAAGUUUCUGCAUCUUUGGCUAGAUUUUACUCUCUCUCUCUCUCUCUCUCUCUCCCUGCUGAUCAGCUAAGUAUCCCAUCUUUGGCUAGAUUUUACCAAUGUCUAUUUUAAUCUGCAAAAAACUUUGCACAAGUUGAGGUUUGCUAUCAGUAGUUCAGCAACCCACCAUUUCUACUUCAGUCAAAUCCACCCAUAUUCAUCAUCUCUCGCAUCCAUCGAUCUAACACCAAAUCAACACUCAUUCACAGUCAAUUACCUCAUAAACUCAUGUGGGUUUCCUCUUGAAAAAGGCAAUUAGAGCAUCAAAGAAACUCAACUUCCAAACCCCAGAAAAGCCUAACUCCGUCAUUGCAUUCUUCUGUAACCAUGGCUUAACCGAAACCCAAGCCUCAAAUCUCAUCAGGAAGGUCCCCCAUGCCCUUUUGUCCAAUCCAGAGAAAACCCUUUUGCCCAAGCUCGAUUUUUUCAAAUCUAAAGGCGUUUCAAGUGCGGAUGGCCGGUGCUUCUUAAAAAAAGCUUUAGAAAACCAAAUCAUUCCAGUUUUUUUAUUUUGUUAAGGAUUUGGUUGGAUCCGAGGAGAGAAUGUUAUCUGCUGUUAAAUAUGCUGCAGGGCUGCUUUUGGUUGAUCUUGAGACUUGCAUGGCGCCCAAAUUGGUUUCUCUUCCUGCCAACACUAGAAUUACAUUGCCCCCACAACUCGCAGAAUCCUUAUAACGAGGCAAAGGGACAUGACCUGCCUCAAUUGCAUGGAUAUCUUCAACUAAAAUCCCAUAAUGGUCUUUAAUCUCCUCGAUUGUUUUCCCAGGGACCAUUGCUGCAGUCUUCUCCCAUCGAUCAAUUGAAUCCUUGCAAUAGACAAGGAAAAUUCAAACGCCUUGUCCUGGGAAAAUUCAAGACAAGGAAGUAUCUAUGGUUUGACAGUGUCCGAGGACAAGAUCAUGAGAGUGAUGGACUUCUUGUUCAAUGAAAUGGGCUUAGAUUCUUCGUUUGUUUUAGAAAGGCCACAACUAUCAUCAUUGAGCUUCGAGAAGAGGAUUUUACAGAGAACUUUUGUUUAUCAAGCAUUGCAAGCAAAAGAUCAGACCAAGAAAACAAAUAUUAGCUUGACAUUGAUGCUGGAGUCUCCUGAAAAGUUGUUCAUAAAGAAGGUUGUGAAUUGGACAGAGGAAGAAGCUCCUGAGCUAUUGAAGUUAUACAAGGAAAAGUCGGCACUUGCAAGAUAAUUAGGAUAUGGGUCCUGUUAUUUGCUUCCUUAAAUUUAACUUUUGCGGUAUCCAUGCAGGAAUUGCCAUUACAACAGGUGUCCAUCGUAUGGAAGGGAAAAUUGGAGAAAGUAAAGCUAUCGUCGGUUACAUAAUGGAGUAUUUGUGGUCCUGGUUUGCAAUUGUGAUUGAGCUUGUGAGCUUCAUCUUUCCCUUCGUCGAAGUUUUCAUUAUCAGACCUAAAAUGGCAUGCAAUAGCUCCUCCUGGACUAGAGAGCAGGACAAGGCGUUUGAGAAUGCCCUAGCAAUCUAUUGCAAGGACUCAAUUAAUCGAUGGGAGAAGAUUGCUGCAAUGGUCCCUGGGAAAACAAUUGAGGAGAUUAAAGACCAUUAUGGGAUUUUAGUUGAAGAUAUACAUGCAAUCGAGGCAGGUCAUGUCCCUUUGCCUCGCUACAAGGAUUCUGGGAGUCGUGGGGGCGAUUCUAGUGGUGGUAGGAAGGGGAACCAAUUUGGGAAAAAGCAAAGCAAUUCCUGCCAAGGAGGGAUGCCAUCUAGUUUAGAUCAAGACCGGAGGAAGGGAAUAGCUUGGACUGAAGAGGAACAUAGGUUAUUUCUUCUGGGCUUGGACAAAUACGGAAAGGGUGACUGGCGUAGCAUAUCCCGGAACUUUGUGCUAACCAGGACACCAACACAAGUGGCCAGCCAUGCUCAGAAAUAUUUUAUUCGCCUAAGUUCUGUAAAUAAAGGAAGGAGGCGAUCAAGCAUCCACGACAUAACCAGUGUCGAUGGAGGAGACUCAUCAACUCCACGAGGGCCAAUCACAGGGCAAUCCAGUAGAAGUGAAAAUCCAACAGCUCUGAGCGAUCCUGGUGUUAGCAAGUAUGUACCGCCAACUAUAGUCGAAUCAAGCAACAACUUGCUUAUUCCACCAGCUGAAAUUCCAGAGGAUGUUGGUUCCCCAGUAGAGUUGUUGUAUGAUGUUGGAGCACCAAUUCCGAAUCAUGCGUUUCUGCUUCCUCCGUGAACGUCAUCUCUCCAGUGACUUCAUCUCAAGCAGGUUAUUUAAGUAUAACUAAUAGUAUGUUUGUAUUUAGAUAUUAUGUCUGAAGUACUUGUAAUUUUCUACCCGGGAUUGGCAAACACUAUAGAGUAGCGUAUACCGGGUAAAAUUGUUCCUUUUCUGUUUUUCGUUUUUGAAAUUCGAGCUCUUAUGUACUGCUAUGAUGGGUAAAGAGCUUGAUUAUGAAUUGGACAAAUCACAAAUCUCUAUAUUUUCUCUAGUUUUGAAAGGUUCAUAAAUUUCGAGUAUGAUUACCGGAG